AAGGUGUUGGUAUUUCAUUGUUGGCGGGAAAAAAGAGGAGGAGGAGGAGCAGGAUGAGCUCGUCGGCGGUGGAGCCAGAGGCACCCGAUCUGGUGUGUCAGCUCGACAAUGUCCAAGGCAUGGUCGAUGCUCUCACCUCCGUCCGCUGGAAACGCCACCAGGACGCGGUUGUGGAAUUGUCCGAGCAUGGCAUAGUCUUGAUUGUUGAGGAAUCCAGAUGUCUUCAGGCCAAAGUUUAUCUGCAACGUGAGCUUUUCAUUCGAUAUGAAUAUACUGCACAAGGACGGCCUCGUUUUGGAGUGAGUUUGGGCCUCUUUGUUGACUGCAUCAAUGCAUUUUCUGUUCCUGGGCAUUCAAACACAAUCGAAAUCCAAUACCCUGGGCCUGACAUGCAGCUUCUUCUCAAAUCUGUUGAUUCAUUGGGUGCUUGCAUUUAUGCUGAGAUCAGAACAAGGAUUCCAGAUAUGGUUUCAUGGGACUACAACUUUGAACCUGCUGGAAGCACCCCACUCAGUUUUACUGUUAAGUCUGCAGCUUUGAAGGAAGCUAUUGAUGAUCUUGAAUGGCCUGGAUCAAGUAUCCAGAUAAUUUUACAACCAGUUCCCCCAUCCGUUACCUUUAGAGGUGAAGGCCAUGGCGACUUGCAGAUAGACUUCAUGUAUUAUGUAAAUACGGAUUUAUUGAUUGCAUUUCAUUGUGAUCAUCGAGUCUCCUACAGGUACAAGUACAAGUUUCUCCGUGCAACAACUUCAAACAUUCCCGGUAGCGUCAUCAAGGAUAAUAGAGGGAGCAAGUUGACUAUUGGGAGAGGUGGGAUGUUAAAAGUUCAGCACCUGGUUUCUGUUGCCAGACCAUCUAUUCCACAUCCGCACAUUGAUUCUGCUGGCUAUCAGCAACCUAGUCGUAUUGCUUAUAUCGAGUUCUUUGUCAAGCCAGAGGAAGAUGAAGCCACUGCAAAUGACUCAUAGGCUGCCUUGGAAUGAUUUGAAAUUGUGUGCUCCUUACUAUAGGGUGUAAUUAGAAGAAAGGGAAGGGAAAAAAGAAGGGAAAAACAGGUGAUUAGUAGUCACCACAUUGUUUUCUGGGGAGCACCAUUUUGUUUAUAAACCCUAUUAUGAUAUCAAUGCUUAAAAAAGUGUCUAUUGUUUUUAUA